CCUCGUAUCUGGUAAAAGUAAACAGAUGUGUUUUAUGUUCUACACCAUUCUACAUUUAAUGAUUAUUAUGAUUUUUGGUACUACGCAUUAUUACAAAUUUAUAGUUUAGCUUGCGAACUAUUACCCAAUUUUGUUAUUAAUUUGCUUAAAGAUUAUAGAACGAUAGAAAUUAUGAAGAAUGAUAAAGAAAAUUGCAAGGGCUUUAAAUCAUUGUGGAUUCACUUUGAUAAAGAAAACACAGAUGAACAUCAAUUAUAUUUUAAAGAACAUUCCAUUAGGAAACAGGAUCCUCGAUAUUCAAGAAAAAGGACAUUGUUUGUAUUAAACAUACCUCCUUACGUUACAACCAAUGUUCUGACAAGUGUCUUUAGCGAACUUUGCGGGACAGUUUCUAAUCUGUAUUUUACAAAUUCAAAGGGAUUCAAAGCAGCAUAUAUAGUAUUUGAAAAAGAGUCUGCUUUAGAGAAAGCAUUAGAACUUGCUGCAAAUUGUAUAAUAACAUUAAAUAAUAAAGAUAGUAUAUGUUUAACAGGAUUGGCAAAAUGGUGCAAAGAAUAUAACGAUUCAAUAUACAAUGAAGACAAAAUGAGAAAAGAAAUUGAAGAUUACAUGUAUAAUUAUGACACACAAAUUGCCAACAAAACAGCAAAUGCAAAACUUGUCGAAGAAGAAGCGAAAGAUAACAAUGGUUGGGUAACUGUAACCGGACGAAAGAAAAGAGGACAGUUUCCUCUUUCUAGAAAGGAAUGUACUACUAAUAAAAUGCAACAUAAAGAAGAGCAAAAAAAUAAGAAAAAGCAACUGCUUAACUUUUACACUUUUCAAAUUCGUGAAAGUAAAAAACAAAAUUUGGCAGAGUUAAGAAAGAAAUUUGAAUUGGACAAAAAGCGACUACAAGAUUUGAAAUCAAAAAGGACGUUUAAACCAUUUUAAUUCUACAAGUAUAACAAAACAUAGGAUUUUAUUACUAAAUACUGUGGUGCAUGAAAAAUGUAAAUAGAAGGUUUUUAAUUUCAACAUGAAAUAGAUGUUUAUAACUAUAAUUCAAUCAUGUAUAUUGAACUUUUUAUUUAUGUACAAAUUAAAAUGGAAGAAAAAUCAAGAAAUGAUUUAUAUUGUACGAGAUGAUAAUGUAAGAAUAUAAAUAUAAUAGAUAAUGUUU